AUGGCACCGCCGCCUGGAUGCACAUCCAACUGUAUAACGAGCAUUAUCGUUACCGUUCCUGCUGGUGGCAUUACGACCCAGACGACUACGGGACCGGUAGUGGGCACGAGCACGAUCGCGCCGCCGCCCGGGUGCACUGCCGACUGCGUGACGAGCGUCGUUGUGACGGUUAUAGAUAUCCCUACUAACCCGCCAAGUUUUACAACCACGACUUCGUUUCUCUCACCAGGCGCACUUCCCUACACGAGUACGGUCCCACCUAUUGGCACUGUUCCUGGCACUGUCGUCAUUGGGGUCCCAGAGACCGUCACGACAGUCACCAGCUUCCUGUCCCCAGGUGCACUUCCCUACACGAGUACGGUCCCUCCUGUUGGCACCGUUCCUGGCACAGUCAUCAUUGGGGUCCCACAGACCGUCACGACAACAACUAGCUUCCUGUCCCCAGGCGCACUUCCCUACACGAGCACGGUCCCUCCAACUGGCACCGUUCCUGGCACCGUCGUUAUUGGGUUCCCACAGACCGUUACGACAACAACUAGCUUCCUGUCCCCAGGCGCACUUCCCUACACGAGCACGGUCCCUCCAACUAGUACCGUUCCUGGCACUGUCAUCAUUGGGGUCCCACAGACCGUCACGACAGUCACCAGCUUCCUGUCCCCAAGUGCACUUCCCUACACAAGUACGGUCCCUCCUGUUGGUACCGUUCCUGGCACAGUCAUCAUUGGGGUCCCACAGACCGUCACGACAACAACUAGCUUCCUGUCCCCAGGUGCACUUCCCUACACGAGCACGGUCCCUGCAACUGGCACCGUUCCUGGCACCGUCGUUAUUGGGUUCCCACAGACCGUUACGACAACAACUAGCUUCCUGUCCCCAGGCGCACUUCCCUACACGAGCACGGUCCCUGCAACUGGCACCGUUCCUGGCACCGUCGUUAUUGGGUUCCCACAGACCGUCACGACAACAACUAGCUUCCUGCCCACAGGCGCACUUCCCUACACGAGCACGGUCCCUCCAACUGGCACCGUUCCUGGCACCGUCGUUAUUGGGUUCCCAAAGGUUAUCACGACAGUAACAACAAACCUCGGCCCAAAUGAAUCCCCCUACACAAGCACCAUUCCCCCUAGUGGUACUGUCACCGGAACAGUCAUCAUUGGGAUUAUAUGUCAACCCGCGCGGACCGACUAA